GCGGCGGCUGCCGGGCGAGCCAUGGGCACGGUGCCGUCCGCGCUGAAGCACUGCCUCAGCUACCAGCACCUCCUCAAGGAGCAGCUGUGGAUCGCGGAGCCGCCCGCGGCCGCGCACCCCGCGCAGGAACCUCAAGCAUCUGGACUGCCUGAGUACAUAAAGAUUGUAGAAGUUGGGCCAAGAGAUGGAUUACAAAAUGAGAAGGUGAUAGUCCCAACUGAUAUAAAAAUUGAGUUAAUCAACCAGCUUUCCAAAACAGGCCUGCCUGCAAUAGAAGUGACCAGUUUUGUUUCAUCCAAAUGGGUGCCUCAGAUGGCAGAUCACAAAGAAGUAAUGAGGGGCAUUGAGCGGCAUCCUGGAGUCCAGUAUCCCGUUCUCACACCUAAUCUUCAAGGUUUUCAUUCUGCUAUUGCAGCAGGAGCUACAGAAGUCUCGGUAUUUGGCGCAGCAUCUGAAUCUUUUAGCAAAAUGAAUAUUAAUUGUUCAAUUGAAGAAAGCAUAGAAAGGUUUGAAGAAGUCACUAAAUCUGCAAGGAAUAUGAAUAUUCCAGUGCGUGGGUAUGUGUCCUGUGCCUUGGGAUGCCCAUAUGAAGGAACCGUUGUACCAGACAAAGUGGCUGAAGUAUCUAAGCGGCUGUACAGUAUGGGCUGUUAUGAAAUCUCUCUGGGAGAUACAAUUGGUGUGGGGACGCCUGGAAGUAUGAAGAAAAUGCUGGAAGCUGUUAUGAAGGAAAUUCCUUUGAGUGCUCUUGCUGUUCACUGUCAUGACACGUAUGGCCAGGCGUUAGCCAAUAUCCUCACAGCCAUGCAGAUGGGAGUUGCUGUAGUGGAUUCAUCUGUUGCAGGACUUGGUGGGUGUCCCUAUGCAAAAGGUGCUACUGGAAAUGUAGCUACAGAGGAUGUGAUAUACAUGCUGAAUGGUCUGGGGAUCAACACAGGAGUAAAUCUUUGUGCCGUGAUGGAAGCUGGAAACUUCAUCUGCACAGCUUUGAACAAGAAAACAAACUCAAAGGUUGCACAAGCUUCCUUCAGUACUGGAACUAUCAAUUAAAUGGAUUUUUCUUUUUGCAGCUUGAUUACAUUUUCCAUUUACCUUGACCAAGGACAUUUGCUUUAGGAAAAGAAACAAGAAAACCAUUGAAUCAAAGAAACAAAAUAGAACCGAUAUAUAAUUUUUUAAAUGGGAACAGUUAUUGUACUGUACUGUCUUGUCAGGAAUUGUCUGAUUUGUAAGUAAGAAAUAAAUGACUGUAGUAGAGAACCCUGUACUUCAUACUUCUACAGAUGAGAAAAAUGUAUAAACACCAGGACACUUUUCCAUGUUUUAAAUUGAAUUUUUAGUUCUUUUCAGGAAAACUGGGUAGAAACAGUGAGUACAUAGUUAAAUUUUAAUCAAGAUGUCUUUCAGAACAGUAAAAAUAUUUUCAGUAGUUUAUGAGAUCUCACACUGUGUGUGGCCAUUCUAUUAUGUAUUUUAUUUAUCUGAAUUCUUGCUUUUCAUUUGUCAAGUCACUGUGUUAUGAACACAGAGCCAAAUCUGAAUUCAUGGUAAGAAUUUUUUAGCAAUAGAACUUCUUUUAAAUUUUGUGUAACAUCUGCUAAAUUAUGGAUGACUUUAUCUUGUUCCAAGACAUUGUGGUGAAUGGCACUCUGCCAGGUCCUUCCAAUCCUCCAGCAAAUUUCCUUAUUUGUUACAUAUGUUAAAUUUGUUGUAGUUGCGUUUUUUGGUCAACUUAUUAAAACCUAAUUAUAUGAAGCAAAUAAAAAUUGGCAAGGUUUCCACAUCAUUCAGGUUCAUAAUGGUGUAGAAAGGGCUACAUUUUCAUCCAAGAUUUCAUCAAAAAAUUAGAUUUUUCAUUCUGUAGGCUAUGAAUUGAUAGUCUCAUUCAGAAAUCACAGGUUGAUUAGGAUAAUAGUAUUUUGCUGGACUAGCUUACACAAAGGAGACCACUUAGAUUUAUUUUUUGUGCUCUACUGAUAAUGAUACUGUUCUUUUAAAUGCCUUAGUUCAACAAGAUGCCAAUGAACUGCACUGUCAUUUUUAGAUCUAUAAUGAACAAAUGGACAAAUUCAAAGAACCUUAUCCUAGAUAUAAAUGUUCAAGUGUGCCAUGAAAAUUCUGUCAUGUUUUUAAUCCUGAAACUUCAUUACUUUUACUGGUUGGUUGUGUAGGAUCUGUCUGUACUUCUCUGUGUACUUUGAUGUAUAUUUUUUCUGAACAUGGCCUGUUGACAUGAAAAUCUAAAACCCUGGACUGCGGUCUUCAUCCAUAUUCUCAAUAUUCCUCAAAAAUGUGAAAUCUUGUCAAAAGGUAUUAUGAAAGAAAGUGGAAGAUUACACAUAAAAAAGGAAAAGGCUGAAUAAUUUUUUGUCUGGAACUCAAGUCUGCCAAGUUACUGCUGAGUCAUGGUUUGCCUUUGAAAUACCAAAGUGAAUUUUUCUGAGAUCUUUGAGCCAGUUGUGUAGUUUCAAAUUGGCAUCGUUUAAGAAAGUCAGUCUUUGCAUUCAAGGCAACACAAAGCUAUAAAUUUAAUAUAAUACCCCUAUUCUGUUUAUGCCAUAAUGAUAGUCAAAAUUAAUAUAAGCUACUUUGUUUCACUCUUCUCAUGGUAAAAGUCAAAGGAUAAAAAAAGAUAUGUGCUCAGGUGAGGCAAGAAAUACCUUGCCUAUCAUUCCAAAAUACUAAAUCUUUCCUGCAGAGUCUAGUAAGAAGAUUUUCAAGUACUCCUGAAGGUGUGAACACCCUGGUUUUCUUGACCUGCCCUGGAUGCAUGGUUGGAUCACCACAAAAAAGCUCUUUCCUUUUUUCUCCCAUGUUUCAGCUGGGGCUUUGCUAUUUAGCAGCCGCUAGAGCUCAUAUAUCAAAACAUGAACUUAAAUAAAACCAGGUCUUGAACCAUUCACAGACUUAAAAAUUCUGUAAUGGAUUAGACCCAAUGAAGAAGUAAGGAAACAGCAGCACUAGAGUAAAGCCUAAAUGUGGUGCCAGAAUUGACAUCUUAAAAACUCCCUAAUUUAUGUGUAAUUUACCCCUGAAGGUGACUAACCUUACUGAAAUACUUUCCUAUUUAAUAAUAAUUUUUCCUGUUUAAUUUUCUCUGUAGGCACAGAAUUGGCUCAUUUGGAGCUGAAGUAUGCAGUUUUCAUGUAGGUCCUGAUGAAUUUUCUUCCAGCCAGGGCCCUCUGAGCAAGCAUGUUUAAUUAACAUAAACAAUAUUGAGCUUCUCAAAGACUGAAAGUGAAGUCAACCCUUGAAAAAAAAAAAAGCUGUUGUAAUGCAAACCUGAAUGUGAGAGUAAACAACUGAGCUGAGACUGAGCUUGCUGCUCAGCCUGGGGAGAUUAAAUACACACCCGUGACAGGACCAUGAGGGAAUGGCCUGAGUUGUAUUGGGGAGGUUUAGGUUGGAUAUUAGAAAAAUGUUCUUCACCCAGAGGGUGGUUGUGCACUGGAACAGCUCCCCAGGGCAGUGGUCACAGCACCAAGCCUGACAAGAGUUCAAGAAGUGUUUGGACAAUGCUCUUGGGAACAUGGUGUGACUACUGGGGAUGGUGCUGUACAGGGUCCAGGAGUUGGACCUGAUGAUCCUCGUGGGUCCCUUCCAACUCAGCUUAUCCUGUGAUUAUGAACUGAAAAAAGAAUACACUUGCUCGUAAAUCUGGAUGAAUUUGUGCCACUGGGUAGAAUGGAAUUAAAAAUUCCUAAGCCCAGAAAAAUCCCAAGAAAUGAAUGUCAGUGCCUCUGCAACAGGUGGCAGGGUUCUUUUUCUUGAAGGGGGUGGUGGAGGCCUUCAGUUAUCAGCCAGGUAAGGAACUGAACAGAUAGUGUCCAUUUUUAUGCCUCUGUGCACAGUGUAUCCUAGACUUCUCAGUAUUUGGCCUGUCUGGUUUGCAGACAGUUGGCUCUUGAUUCAAGGCUCUUGAUUCUCCCUAUGCAGUGAAACAGGGUACCUAUUAAAUCAUGUGGAUGAACAACCUAAAAUGUCUCAGUUCUUCAUUGGGUCUGUUUUAAAAACUACUUGUAAACUUGUGGAGAGCCUUAAUUGCAGGUCUGUUAUUCUGUAAUGAUGUGAGCGUUGGAAAAGAUGAACAGUCACAUCUGGAGCCUGUACUUUACCCACAUGUUCAGCUUCAACCACAUCGUGAGUUAUCCUAAUCCAGGGUAGAGGUCACAGACAAAUAGAUUGUUUGUCAGGAUUGUUACGAGACAAAGAAACAUAGAGCCAGAAUAAAAAAAAGAAAACCCCAACCCAGUGUUUGUGUGCCAAAAUUGCCACCUGGGAUGAAUUUAGGUCUGUGGGUCCAGGUGAGCAGUCCCUAUAAAAUCCUUGUAUGACUGAGAAUCUUGAGACAUCUUGUGCUCUGUCUACUGACAUUUUUUUAUGUUUGUAAAAUGAUGCUGCUCUGCUUUCCUGGGCUGGCAUAAUUUUGACUCUGCAAACAUUUUGACACCUAAUCUCUGGCUUCACAAAAUAAGCAUCUAUUGCUUUUAAUAGCAAAGGCUAUUAAAUCCAAUAGCUAUGCCAUGAGCGUGCAUCACUCACAUAGGCAGCAUUGAAUUCAGCACAUAAUAAAACAGCUGAGACCCUUUCAAAAACAUGCCAAGACAUGGGAUGAGGCUCUCCAGUGCUUCUGACUUCCUAAACCUUUAUGCUUAUAUUCAGAGUGACCCAUCAUUAGUGAUGUCUGCUCUUUUAGUCCCUAUCACUGUCCCCAGCUGAAUACAUUGCUGUCACUUCACCCUGAAGUAGUCCCCUGGCUGUGGAGGGCUUGCAUCCAGGUGUUUGGCUUCCAUGAGCAGAUGUUCUUAUCACAGUGUCAUUAUAAAAAUUAUAAGUCAAGAUAUUACAUUGUUGAAGGCAUGACUGGUGUGCUUUGUUGGAGGAAAAGUUGAUCAGUUCCAGUAGUAUGAGCAUAAUCAUUCUUCAGUGCCUUCCAGAACACAGCAAUGACAUAGAUUCCAUGCAGUUCUAAUGUCUUCCAGCAGCAGCUUUGUAGUUUAAACUUUUAUGUAUUAGGGCAACUUGGCUCUGGACCAGCACUUUAAUGGCUCAUUUUUGUGUAUAACCAGAGCUUAUGAAAUAAGAACUAAAUAUUCUAGUGUUGUGAAUAAGUCCAGAGAGGCUUUGGCUAAUUUUCCUCUCUUAAUAGUGUCAUUUGAGUUCAUAAAACUUUUAUUAUUGUAUUAAGGAGUCACAAAAUGAAGCCUACAAGUCUGUGAGAUAAAAUUCUUAUGUUUGGGAUCAGUGUUGUUGAAAUUAAAUAAUACUUAUCCAAAGAGUUAGUGUGAAUGUAUAAGAUCUGCCCAUUUUUUUUCACUGAGUUUGUUUUAAGGGGUAAAAAUAUUGUUUAGUUACUGUGAUAUCAGAAAAUCAGUACUUUCUGCCACUGAAUUUUUUCUAUGAUUUCUGACACUGCCUUCAGUUCUCUUCACUGAUUGUGAAGUAUCUAGAAAAGUGGCUAAAUAGGUAUGAGUGGCAAGAAGUAAAUGAAUUUGAGUUUUUGACUUGCUGAUCAAUGCUUUUCUUUUGUUAUAUUAUAUUUUUGAAGAUUAUUUUUCUCUACAGUCCUGCUGUAAUGCAGUGUUGAUCUUCAUUGCUGCAAUAACACAGCAGGCAGAAGGACUACAGCCAAAGUCAACUUAGUCCUUUGAAACCAAUGUCAAAGGGAUGAUAUGUUUGUCAAGGAAUUGUCAUGCAUCUGCCUAGUUAAAUGCAUUUGUGAUUUUGCAAUAUGUGGUGUUAAAGCUGAAAUAAAAUCUGUCUCGCUGUUUACUGAAA